AUGAAGCGGACGUAUCAGCAAAUGCUCGGUCACCAUGCACCAUACGUGAUGAGCAUGGACGGCAGUGUACAAUACCACAACUUCAAUCAAGGACACCCGUAUUGCUCGCCUCCAGCGCCUCCGCAUCAACCUCUAUUGUUCAGCAGCCCAUUCCCAUCACAGAAUGAAUACGUCUCGGAAGGUUACAUACCAGUCACCGAGUCCAUGUCGUACUUCAUGGCCAACCGUUCCCUCUCCGAACCAUUUAUCCACGAGCCCACGGAGUCAUUUGGCUCAUCGACCAGCGGUGAAUCUUCUUGCAGCGUUUCAAUUGCCCCAGCGACACCACCUCCUCCACCACCGAUGAAGUUUCCCGCGGUACCUAUAACACCAAGCCAUGUUGUUUCGAGACAGAAAGCGAAGCGCACUGCCACUGUGAGUCGACAGCAGAUACCGUGUCAUCUCAAUAGAUCUCCCAUGACUGACAAGGGCGUCUCAUCAGGCUUGCGAAGAAUGCAGAAAGCGAAAACAGAAAUGCGAUGGCGAGACACCUUGCCAAUCUUGCAAGGAACAGAAGCUUGACUGCAAGUAUCGCGAAGUGACCCCUUCAAAGUAAGUCACGACCGCCUUGUCAAGACUCGACAAAUCACGAGGACGCAGCAACUGACUGAACAUGAACGACAGGAAGGAUAGCUCAGUGGAAAGACUCGUCGCCCUCGUCGCAAGCUGCAGCAAGUCAAUGGAGGCACUGAAUACGCGGUUGGACGUCAUGAGCUCCUCUCUCGAAAUCAUCGAGAGGCGCUUGAGCCAUUGCUGGCAGUGUGGUUCUGAUGUAGAAUUGCAGACGGGCUACUGUGAUUCAUGUCGGCGCAAAUCACCAAAAUAUAUGUGA